UCUCCGGCUGAGGAGCCCUAACAGUUAAAGAUCAGCUGCAGCGUUAUGCGCCACGCCUCCCCGGCUCCGGCACCUGGCUCUCCAACAGUCCGUCAGUUGCGCUGUUGCAGAGCGGAUUUCCAGACAGGACCGGCGGAAGAGAAAAAGGCAGCAGACGCGAAUGGGGGAGAGGAGGAGGAGAAUGUGACAACUGCUGGAUGCGGACAGAGUGUGUGUGCGGCUGGCUACACUGCCUUUGGGGAGGCCUCGGCUCUUGCACCUGUCCCUCUCCGUCUCCCGUUUGGGCGAGAGCGAGCGACGCUCCUUUUUAUUUAUCAGGCAGGGCGCACAGCGGCGGAGGCGCACACACACAUACACACACACAUUCACACACACAUCCACGAUACUGUACGCGCACACACAUACACAGGGCAGGCAGGCAACAUGACUUCAUCCUACAAUCUGGAUUUUCUGCCCGAUAUGAUGGUGGAGAGCCGCCUGCUUGUUCCCGGAGACAGAAUUAACGGCACGGCCGGGAAGAUGAACGGGGCGCUGGAGCAUUCGGACCAGCCAGACCCGGAUGCCAUCAAGAUGUUUGUGGGCCAGAUCCCGCGCUCCUGGUCAGAGAAGGAGCUGAAGGAGCUGUUUGAGCCGUACGGAGCCGUCUACCAGAUCAACAUACUCCGAGACCGCAGCCAGAACCCUCCACAGAGCAAAGGCUGCUGUUUUGUCACGUUUUACACAAGGAAAGCUGCCCUUGAAGCCCAGAAUGCACUGCAUAACAUAAAGACCUUAACAGGGAUGCACCACCCUAUUCAGAUGAAACCUGCAGACAGUGAGAAAUCUAACGCGGUGGAAGACAGGAAGUUGUUCAUCGGCAUGGUGUCAAAGAAGUGCAACGAGAAUGACAUCCGGGUCAUGUUCUCUGCGUUCGGACAGAUCGAGGAGUGCCGGAUCCUCAGAGGACCUGACGGACUGAGCAGAGGAUGUGCGUUUGUCACGUUUUCCACCAGAGCUAUGGCACAGAAUGCAAUCAAAGCCAUGCACCAGUCUCAGACUAUGGAGGGCUGCUCGUCUCCCAUCGUGGUGAAGUUCGCCGACACGCAGAAGGACAAGGAGCAGCGGCGUCUGCAGCAGCAGCUGGCGCAGCAGAUGCAGCAGCUCAACAGUGCGACCACCUGGGGGAGCCUGACGGGCCUGGGUGGCCUCACCCCGCAGUAUCUGGCUGUAAGGAGAGCCGCCGCGUCGCCCACCUCCACCAUCACCACCUCCUCCACCACCCCUUACUACAGCCCCAUGGCCGACGCCGCCGCAUUGCUUCAGCAGGCAACCUCCUCCGGUAACCUCGGAGCCUUCAGCGGGAUCCAGCAGAUGGCCGGUAUGAGUGCUCUGCAGUUGCAGAACCUGGCCACUUUAGCAGCGGCAGCGGCGGCGGCCCAAAACUCGGCCAGUCCCUCCACCGCAAACCCCUUGUCCACCAACGCCGCCUCCCUGGGAGCGUUGGCCAGCCCAGCGGCGGGCACCACAGCCAGCUCCAACGCCGGCGCCAUGAACUCUCUGACCUCUCUGGGCACCCUGCAGGGCCUGGCAGGUGCAACUGUGGGCCUGAACAACAUUAAUGCACUAGCAGGUAGCGUCAACAGUAUGGCGGCUCUAAACGGAGGCCUGGGCGGCGCAGGGCUUACCAACGGGACGGCGGGCACCAUGGAUGCGCUGACGCAGGCUUACUCAGGGAUCCAGCAGUACGCCGCCGCAGCGCUGCCCACCCUCUACAGCCAGUCCCUGCUGCAGCAGCAAGGGGCCGCCGGCAGCCAGAAGGAGGGUCCCGAAGGUGCCAACCUGUUCAUCUACCACCUGCCCCAGGAGUUUGGAGACCAGGACAUACUGCAGAUGUUCAUGCCUUUCGGAAACGUGGUCUCUGCCAAAGUCUUCAUCGACAAACAGACAAACCUUAGCAAGUGCUUCGGCUUCGUCAGCUACGACAAUCCAGUGUCGGCACAGGCAGCCAUCCAGGCCAUGAACGGCUUCCAGAUCGGCAUGAAGCGGCUGAAGGUGCAGCUGAAGCGCUCCAAGAACGACAGCAAACCGUACUGAUCUUAGCACUAGGGUCUAUCUGCUCCCCAUGUUAGCACUGCUAGGGUAAGUCCCCCCACAAAAAGGUGAAAAUGAAAAAAAAAAAAACAAAAAAAAAACAACAGCAAACCGAGCCACGACCUCUCUACACAGGGACUGGGGGGAGGGUGGGGGGUUGAAGGGAGGGAUGUGGGAGGGAGGGGGAGACGACCUACAACCACCCUGAGGGAGACACACACGCCUUGUUUUUUUGUUAUUUUUUUCUUGUUUUUCUUGCUUUUUUGAAGAUUUUUAUGUUAGCUUUCAAGUAUUAUUAUUUAUUACAAUUUUUUUUUUUUUUGACACACAUGAACGCUUCCAUUACCGCCAUUACUUUGUGCAAUUUUUUUUUUUUCUUUUUUUUUACAAUGGAAGGAAGUAGCUAUCUUGGGUAGCUUUUUUUUUAACGUUUGUUUAAAAGUUUUUUUUAAUUUCUCAGUGAUUAUUUAUACAUUUUUGAGGACUAGUUACAGUCAGAACCGAGGUACAGACAAAGACGGAGCCAUGAUGAUUUUUUAAUUUUUUUUUUCCUCUCUCUCUCGUUGUGAACCCGAGGCCUGGCGAAGGGUUCACGUUUUUUUGACGCGCACGCCGAUAUGCACAUUUCGACCUUUGACCUCCGCGGUGUUGGUUGCAGGCCGCCGCUGCUUCUCCGAAACCCUCUCUAUGCCUGCUGGCAACCCGGGAGCAAAGGCUGCAAAACGUUAGUGGCCUCUUUACAUUAUAGUCACAGUUACACUCCACCACCACAAGAAGAUAAAAAAAAGACAACAACACACUCCAGCUACGUCUUAUUAUUUAUGUGAAAAUAAAAAACAGUUUUUUAUUUCUCAGAAGAUGAAAGAAAAAAUAAUUAGUAACUACUUUUCUGGGUCAGAUCACAUUGGUCUUUGUUGUGAAAGGGAUAUUACAGCGUGUAGAGCAUUUUCAAAACAACAUCCAGAAUUUGAUGAAGGCUAUAAUGAUAAUUCUAAUAAUAAAAGAGUUUAUGGGUUUAAGGUGGUAACUGAGAAUACUUGAUGUUUGUUGAAAGAUUUAAAAAAAAAUAACUCAAAGUACAGAAAGCCACAGGCCUGUAAAUUUUAUUUGUAAAAAAAGCAGUUCUAUUUUUAUACAACAUUUUUACUGCCUCAGAUGAAAAAAAAAGGAUUUUAUUUAUUGCCUACCGUUAAGUUAUUGGACUCCUAUAAAGUAUACAGCAUCAUUAAAGUAGACCCUUGUGGAGAAGUCUCGUGGAAUUUUGGGUUCUCCGGUGUUUUCCAUGUUUUUUCAGUGCAGAAAAACCACAAUCACAGCACACUCCGCCGCCAUUCGAAAACCGCAACCCCCCCUCUCCGCCCUCCCUGUGUCAUUUUGACUCCGCCACACACUUCUCUGUGCUGUCCAUCCGUUUGCCGUCCAUCCAUCCACUUCUCUCUCUUCUCCUCACCGCUCUCUCCCUCCCUCCAUCCGUCAGUGGGACUACUUCUUCACUUCACCUUUUUUUCCUCGCGUUUUUUUUAUUUUUUUAUUUUUUUAUUUUAUUUUAUUUUUUGUUUGAGUGUUUGCGUUUUUUUUUUUUGUUUGUUUGUUCGUAGCCCCUCCCCCCACCCACCCCCAACCCUUCCAAAGAUUUUUGACAUUUUAAAAAAUUAAAAAAAGACAGAAAUGAAAAGCCUCCCCUCCCUUCUCCCGAAAAAAUAUGACUAUUUUUCUCCCAAAUGACAAAAUCCAUCUGGGACGUGAUGGAUAAAGCUUUUGGGUGCUCUGUGUUAUUUGUGUAUGAACGAGUGAGUGUGUGUCGUUGCCUGUUAGUGUAGACCUAUAACAUUAUGUCAUUUCAAAAAAAAAAAAAAAAAAAAAGAAAAAAAUCAAAAGCUAAAAAUUUUUCAGUGAGUGGUGUUGCUGUUCUGCCGGUUUGCAUUGUUGUUGUUUGUUUGUUGUUUGUUGUUGUUGUUGUUUCUCCUGAUUUUUUACAACAAAAAAAACAAGUAAUGCUGUAGUGGUGUGGUGCUCUGGCUCUCUGUGUGUAACUCUCUCCUCUCCCCUGUUUUUUCUUUCCCCCUUUUAGAACAACCCAUCUCCAUGCCUGUUAGCUCAUCGUUUGCCUAGCAUGUCUCCGUGGCGUCCAAACAAACAAAAAAAACUUUAUAAACAAAAACAAACAAAAAAAAAUCCCCACCAAAAAAAAAAGUGUCAUCGUCCUCCUCCUCCCCCGUCAUUGUUUUUUCUGAUGUCUUUCCGAGCUCACCUGAUCAUAACCUGGUUCUCCUCCUCUUCCUCCUCCUCUUCCUCCUCCUUCGCCGCCUACUGAACUUUUGAACUUUUAGCUUUUUUGGACUUUUAUGAUUUUUCUUUCUUUUUGUGUUUUUUUUUUCUUAUUCUUUUUUUGUUUUUUGUUUUGCAUGUGACCUCAUUUGGAUCUGUUUUCCGGGAGGGUUUCAGGGAGGGAGGGAGGCGACAAAGGAUGGGGUGGGUAGAGAAAAAUUCAAAUCAAUGUGAAAAAGAUAUAAAAGCUGCAUUCAUAUGAAAAACAAACACAAAAAAAGAGACUGAGAUUUUUAUGGAAAUACAAAUGUUCUUUUUUGGAGAAAAAAAAACAGACAAACCUGUGGCAAAGUGAUUUCCAUUCAGUAUGUUUUCCUGCAUUUUUUUCCUUCUUCUUUUUUCUUCUUUAUGUUUUUUCUUUUCUUCUUCAUUUAAAGUAAACUUGAAAGUUCACUACAGGAAUUGGCACGUCACCUUGCUUCUGGCGCCGGCGAACAAAAAAAAACACACACACACACACACACAUACACAUACACAUGCACACACACACGCACACACACACAAAAGCGCGGGCCAGAAGCAGUCCGCGCCAGUUUCUCUGAAAAAUAAGACUACUUCCAAACAGUUUUGAAUAAAAACUGUCUGAUCAAUAUUAGACUCUCUCAGAGCUCUCCAAUGGUUUUUACAUUUUUCAGGCAGUGUAAAGUUUUUUGAUAAGGCCAUUUUAAGUGGCUCUGUUUCUCAUUCAAAGUCUAUAUAUAGAACCACUUUUUUCUAGAGUAGUUUAAAGGUAAAAAUAAAAAAAGACAUUUGCCCUGUUUGGGUGGGAGAAAUGCUACCUACUUGUGUCACCUUUUGCUGAACUGACUCACAGAUAGACAAUCCGUGGUUUAAAUGCACAUGAUGAAAUGACCUAUAUUUUCUACUGUUUAAAUGUAUAGAGGAAAAAAAAAUACUAAGAUACCUGUAACCUGCGUUAACGUCGGUGCUUCUCGUGAGUUUAGUUGUGGUUUCAUCACAAGUCUAACGGUCUUAAAUGUCUCAUGUUUUUCAAGAGAAGACUAAAAAAUCAGUUUACUUGAACAAUAGACAAAGCCUUUCAUAUUACUAUAAUAGUUACUUUGUUGUUUCUUUUCUUUUUAUUUCCUCUUUUUUUAUUUUUAAGGAGUCCCUAUUUGCUAAAUUUCUUGUUGGUUAAUUAGCUAUAUAAAAUUCCUAAAAAUAUAUAUAAAUAUAAAUAUAUCUAUAUAUAUAUAAUGUCAGCUUGUGAAGCAUCAAUGUCAUUAUUAUUUUAUUUCUCUCGUGGGAAACAAUAUUUAGAUGUGUUUUGUUGUUCAGCAAAAUGUCUUAUAAAGAAAAAAAGACAAGAUCAGUGGAGUUUAGUGCCAAAUUCUGAAGGUACUUCCUGCCUAGCGCGUCAGUGUAUUUCUUGUGAAAUUAUUUGAUAACAUGGGUAUUUUAUUAUAAGUGUUUUGUAUGGAUCCCUCAUAUUUAAAAUAUAGAUUUAAAAAAGAGUUUGUUAACUUGCUAUUCUGUGGUCUUGUUGCCUGAAAAUGUCAUGUUUGCUUUUUUUCUUUGUAAAGAUGUAAAAAAACAAAACAAACAAACAAAAAAAAAAGUGCCCAUGUGUCAUAUAUAUAUAUCUAUAUACACGCACACACGGACACGCACACACUCACACACGCACACACACAUUCUCGUGCAGACCUCACAGUUUACUUUCUUGUUGUGCAUGAGAGCCCCUGAGUGUGAAAGCCUCUACAGCAACCGCUACCACCUGCCAGCGUGCACACACACACUUUAAAAAAAACACACACACACCAGAAUCACGCACUGAUAUUUUUAGCCAUUGUACAGCCGUUUUUAUUCAUCAAAGCCUUACCACAAAUCUUUGCACUCCUGUUCUCUCUAUUAGUAUCUGGCGCGCACAGACAUCAGGCUUCAGCAUGUAUUGUUUUGAUUGUCUCCCUCGCACGCUGUCCCACUCCUCAGCCGAGGAAAAAAAUUGAGGUGAUAGUCAUACGCGAAGCCUUAUUUCUCCAAAAUCCUCUUAUCCCUUUUGUUCAAAAACAUCUCUGAGUUGUAGCCGGGCGCCGUUUGUCUCAGACGGCGGGGAUCAUUACUUUUGUGUAUCACCUCAGACGCUCGCUUUCAUGAUGUAAGCACAGGGCAAGACUCGCUCACUCACAAACGAGCCUCGAUCUCUUGAGGGAAAAAAAAAAAAAAAAAAGCACACGCCGCCGUCAGAUAGUCAAAGGAGAGAGGCGGGACGGUCCGGAGCAAGUUUUUUUACUCGUUUGAUUUCUCGACUUAUCCUUUGACGUCUCUUUUGUAAGACUUCUCCAUACGUGAGUCUUGUGGUGUAAUGGGCCAAAAUCAUGUUUAGAUGCCAAAGUGUGUUAUUGACAUUCUCAUAGUCGAGCCGUUUACAUGGCACAGUGUUGUCAGUCUCUUCAACUGCCCCCGACACCCCCUCCCUGAAAGCCUAGUUUACGGUCUGCAAAAAAAAAAAGGCAGCAUUAUUUUCUACAGAAGCUCACCAGUCGCCUUAACCAGGGAGCGUCGUACCAGUAUUAUAAGAGUAGAAGAUGUUGUCAGUCAGUCAGUCAGUCAGUCAGUCAGUGAUGUGUGCCAAGUCCAGGUUCACUUUUGUGUACAGUUAACCUCCCACUUGUCAGAGUCUGGGUUUUGCUCUUCCGCCAUUUCAGAGAGGCUGAAAUGGCCGUUUGUCCUCGCAGCGGUGGAGGAGGAGAGGAAACGAGGCGCCUGUUUGAAGGAUGCCGCUCUCCGUCUGGUUGUUGUCUCCCAGGCUAACCGGGGUUAUUAGAAACAGGGCUGUGUGCAGAGACGUCUUAUUGGAAUAGCGACAGGGGAAAUAAAGCGCUUGUUGGUUGGAGAGCAAAGGGUCACGUCCGCAGGUCCACACAGGCAGAACAACAGCCACAGCCAAGAUGAAGGCAAUACAGCUUUCAUUAUCCUCUCAAAGACCAAACCCAAUACCAAACUUUAUGUGAUCUCAUGGAGGGAGGCGAGCAGACUUUAUUUCCUAAAUGCAGUACACACAUGAGCAGUGCCACAAACCAGCCCAGUCGCCACAAGAACAUAUUGGAGUUGUACAUCUCUGAGAACCAUGGAUAUGUUACAUUUACUUAGUUGGCGUUGUUAAAGUGAAGUAAUGUAUGAGUUGACGUUGUCAUCAUGACUUGGAGGGGAUGGUGCAUGGUGUGACACCCAGGCAAGACACCUGCAAAGCUGCAGACCACUGUUAGAGACCAGUGAGUGAGUCAUUGCUGCAUUUUCAGAUGUGGGUGCUGUUCAGUGACCAGUCGCUGCGUUUCCCCCGGGGUUAGUGCCAUGAAGAGUGGAUGUUUUUUAAUGAGACAUGGUUAUGUUUUCAGCCAUAUGCCACCGAAAAGCAGUUGGGUUUUAACAAGACACAGCUGGAAUAGUGCGACAACAAGCAGUUGUUUUCACUGAGACAUCACUGCCUUUCCAGUUGGGAUUGUGCAAUGUUAAGCAGUUGUUUUUGAUUGAGACUUCACUGCAUUUCCAGUGCAGGUAUUGCAACAAAAAGCGGUUGUUUUUUAACAAGACAUAGCUGAGCUUCCAGCUGGAAUAGUGUGAAAACAAAUGUUUGUUUUUUAUGGAGACAUCACUGCAUUUCCAGCCAGGAAAGUGCAACAAAAAGUGUUUGGUUUUAAUCAAGACAUCACUGAGUUUCCAGCUGGGACAGUGUGACAACAAUUGGUUGGUUGUGUUUUUUUAACUGAGACAUCACUGCCUUUCCAGCCAGGCUAGUGCGACAAAGAUUGUUUUUAAUCAGGAUGUCACUGCCUUUCAGGUGAGGAUAGUGCAACGAAAAGCAGUUGUUUUUUAAAAAGACAUAGCUGCCUAUAAACAACAAGCAGUUGUUUUUUUAUUGAGACGUCAGUGCGUUUCCAGCCAGGAUAGUACAACGUUAAGCAGUUUUUGUUUUUGUUAGACAUCACUGCAUUUGCAGGCUGGAUAGUGCAAAGAAAAGUGGUUAGCUGUUAUCGAGACAUCGCUGCAUUUUCAGCCAGACAAAUGCGAUGAAAAGUGGUUGUUGUUAAUCAAGAGAUAGCUGCGUUUCCAGCCAGGCUAGCACAAGGAAAAGUGGUUAUAUUUAAUCAAGACAUCACUGUGUUGCCAGCCGCUAUAUUACGAUGAAAAACGGUUGUUUUUUAACAAGACAUGGCUGCAUUUCCAGCUGGGAUAGUGCGACGAAAAGUGGUUGUUUUACAUCAAGAAAUUGCCAAGUUUCCAGCAAAGAUAGUGUAAUGAAAAGCAGGUGUUUUUUCCGAAGACAUGGCUGCAUUUCCAGCCAGGUGUGGAUUUUAAGCCAAAACCUGAUCUUUUCGGAAACAUAACCAAGUGGUUUUUGCGCCUAAAUCCAACCACAUUAACCACAGCGUUACUGGAAUGUAAAGACACGUAAAGUUUAAAAGUAUCUGCUACAUAAAUAUGUACAAAUGUAACAAAUCCAUGGUUUGCAAAAAAACGUACAAAGCCAACAUUGAUUCUGGCGAUUGGGUUGCACAAACAGCCAUAACUACCUGUAUGAAAGCUGGGCGGGAGGUCCCAGUCCAAUCAGUGUUAAUGGACCACUUUUCUGACCAGCACGUGUGCAGGUUUCACGUUGCAACCGCUGCAAAACCUUUGUAUCCGAGAAUUGCACAUUUCACAUCGUCACCUCACUCUCGCACAAUUCGCGUAACUUUUUCUUCGUUAAGUGUGGAGGCUACAUAAUCUGUGCUGUUCUAGUCGAGUCACGGCCCACUACUUUACACGGCUGUGUGUGUGUGUCCCAAAAACUAUGUUGCCAAAUCUCACCGAGUUGCACACAGCCUGACGUCGCACGGUCCAGCGUGAAGCAUCUUGUCUCUGUUUCAAUGUCGAAGCACAAGAGGGUCGUAGGGGCAGAGUUCCUGUCGAGCGGCUCACCUCAGGGGCUGUCAUCGCCGAUGCUCGUUGUAAUCUUUCUAUCUCGUCACUGUUCACUUCUCUGUUCUCCUUCUUUCUUAAUUAUCUUAAGUGCUAUUUAUCAAACAAUGAAAUCUGAAAGGAAAAAAAAAUUGAACUUGUCGUUUCUUUGCAUUAUGGCUUAUGUCAAGUUUUUUGAGGAAAAAUGUUUUGUGUGUUCUCUCUUUCCGUGCCGUAAAAAAAAGAAGCUUGUUGUCUGUAGAAAUUAUCCAAAUUUAUUUUUUAAUUUUGUUGUUGUUCUUUUGUUUUCUUUUUAAUUCUCAAAGAGGUUUUCAGUAGUUUCAGAGUUAUUGUCUUGAGAGAAGCCAAAGUCAAUGCAUUUCAGUGGAUCCUGUAAGCGUGAUGUAUGUUUGUUUGACAACACUUCGAAAUCUGUCACUGGAUGGGAUUUAAAAAGUACAAAAAAUGCAGGCUUUCCUAUUUCUACAACUGAUUGUACUUAUGCAUUUUGUACCAGUGGAAUUUUUUAUACUGGAGAUUAAAGGAUACAACAAAAAAAUCUUAGAAAAAAAGCUGUCUGGCCUGGUGGUGUGGCCUGACCCUGACUGGUCCCCGAGUAUGAUUUCUAGCUGGCAUCAAGGAAGUUGGCUUUUGAUAUAAGAUUUUCUAGGAGAUCUUUGGCUUUAUUUCUUUCACUUCUUUUUCCUCACUUGAGUGUUUCUUUCUGCCUUCCUUUCGUUCUUUAAUUUUUUCCGAAAACAGAGAGUAGGUGAGUGUCAGAUCUUUCAUUUUUUGCUUUUUAAAUAGUUCUAGCAAGUUUGUCUAUACAACAGCGGUAAGUUUCAUUUGACUUCUGUAUUGUGCCGUCUACACGAUAAGACAAUUAUAGAAAAAGAAGGAAUAGAAAUAUUUAGUCACCUUCAGUGGAUUAAUGUAUUAGUUUAAUAAAGAGAUCAACUAAUUAGAAACUUUUUUGCUUUUAGCUGUUUAGAUUUUUCCGGUUUCUCUGUCCUUCUCUGUGAACUAACUGUGUAGCUGAAGCAGUCAGAAUUAUUUUUGUAAACGUAUGUUCUUGUGUGAUGCAGUUUUUUGCUUCUGUCUCCUAUAUUAAACCAUUUUUCCUAA